GGUAAAUUGUUGUGUCCAAAUUUAAGGGAAUCAAGUGAGAGAAAAAGGCACAUAAGCUACGUGAGUCUCCUACUCCUAUUACUCCGAUAACCAAACAAACAUGCCUCUCUACAAUAACUCCUCCUACAACCUCACCGUCGCCGUUGCUCUCCUCUUUGCCGGCGCCCUAUACAUCAGCUUAUCCUCACGUUCGAUUUCCAAUCCUAUCUCCGAUCUCCAACACAAUCCCAACACUCCUAAGCCAAUUAGAGAUAUAGAGUUUCCGAUGGACGAGCUAGAGGCGGUGCUGGAUAGUGCGGCUGCGGGAAACAACAAGACGGUGAUAAUAACGGUGGUGAACAAAGCGUAUGUGGAGGAGGUUGAAGAAGGGAGGACGAUGUUGGAUCUGUUCUUGGAGAGUUUUUGGGAAGGAGAGGGGACUUUGCCGCUUCUUGACCAUCUGAUGGUUGUGGCAGCGGAUCAGACGGCCUAUGAUCGCUGCCGCUUUAGGAGGCUCCAUUGCUACAAGAUGGAGACGGAGGGGGUUGACCUAGAGGGGGAGAAAGUAUAUAUGUCGGCUGAUUUCAUUGAGAUGAUGUGGCGGAGGACUCGCUUGCUCCUAGACGUCCUCGGCCGUGGCUACCAUCUCAUUUUCACGGACACGGACGUGAUGUGGCUAAGGAGCCCCUUCUCUCGGCUAUUCAACAAUGGGAGCUUGGAUAUGCAAAUAAGCGUGGACAACAAUGACGUGGGAGCUGGACACUUGAUCAACACAGGAUUCUACCACGUCCGGUCAAACAACAGGACCAUCUCCCUCUUCCAAAAAUGGUACGACAUGAGGCUCAACUCGAAGGGGAUGAAGGAACAAGACGUCCUCAAGAACCUCCUGCACUCGGGCUUCUUCGAUCAACUCGGCCUCACCGUUGGCUUCCUCAGCACCACCCACUUCAGUGGCUUCUGCCAAGACAGCCCUGACAUGGACGUUGUCACCACCGUCCAUGCUAACUGCUGCCGCCACAUCACUGCCAAGGUCUUUGAUCUAACUCUUGUUCUUCGUGAAUGGAAACGUUACAAAGCCUCCCAUGUCAACAACAAGUGGAGUCCUCAUGUUAAGUGCUUGGGUUCAUGGAAUGACAUUCACUAUGUCCCUAAGUCUUGACCAUAUUUCUCCUUUAUGCUAAUUAAUGAGAUUGCUAUAUAUUUACAACAUUAU